AUGGCUCAACAUCAUCUGGCUGGCCGGACAUAUCACAAUGGGUCUCGUUUGGAGAUCAUGUUCGCUGUGAAUCGAAACUUCAUGCGAGUAUCAUGCGUCAAUCUAGGCCCAGACAACGGGCCUGACAACAGCGACGAAGAAAUUAACCAGAUCUGGGACGCAGUCCAGACCGCUUCAUCUCAAACCAACGUUGACCACCGCUUCAUCCUGGCAAUCCUCCUUCAAGAAUCCAAUGGCUGCGUCCGAGUCCGAACGACUGAUAACGGUGUGCCCAACCCGGGGUUGAUGCAGGCUCACGGCGGUAGCUUCUCUUGUAACACCAAUGGAAACACUCAGACUCCAUGUCCCGCCUCUGAAAUCGCUGGCAUGGUUCUUGACGGGAUUGCUGGAACCUUGAGUGGGGACGGCCUGGCUGGCAUACUGAACCAGGUUGGGGGACAGGACGCCCGGACAUACUAUCGGGCUGCCCGACAAUACAACACCGGGUCGAUCGCCGGGAACGGCGACCUAGAUGAGGGGGGUUACUCUACCAACUGCUACGCCAGUGACAUUGCGAAUCGAUUGACAGGCUGGGUUUGGGCGGGAUCGAGUUGUUCUCUUUGA